AUGGUUAGAAUUAGAGGUGAUGGUGCUUCUGUAGGUGGUCACGCACCACACGUUUCAUUGACUGCAUCCUGCCGUAGAGCGCAUGUAGUUGCUCUUGCUAAGAAGUCACCACUGCAACAGAUGUAUUCAAGAUUAGUGAAAAAGGCAAGGAGUAAGAGACGUUUCACCCGUAAAGGUCUCCACUCCACCUCAACCAUAAAAACACUUCCAAGAGAUUUGUUGGUAGAGAUAGUUGCACUCGUGGCCGCGCACUCCUUUAUCGACUUUCAUGCCAUCAAAAUGUGUUGCAAAGAUUUUCUUGACGCUACUGAAGAUAACUACAUUUGGCGAAAUGCUUCUUUGGACAAAUUUCCUUUAAUUCAAUGGCUUCCUAAUGACAAAGUAUCAUCAUUCUUGAACCGUUGUAGGGAAUGUGGAAACAUGGAAAGCUUGUACAGAGAAGGGCUGCAAAAAUACUUUUGUUGUCCAAAUGAAAAGAUUGAUGGUCUUGAAAUCUUGAAUGUAGCUGCUCAAAAAGGUCACAAGGAAGCAAAAUACGUAUGUGGUAUGAUUUCAUUAUGCUCUGAAGAUGAUGAGUUGAGAAAACAAGGACUCGAGUAUAUGCGUUUUUUGAGGAAGUCACAAUGUGUCGUAGGCUCUAGAAACAAAGUGAAACAACUAUUGAAAUUUAUAUGGAAAGACAAUGGAAUGUUUGAGCGUCGUCUGAGCCCUUUAUGUAACUCCAAGAGCACAUGCAAAGGAUGGCAAAUGAAGAGGGAUAGAUGGGUAUUACUAGAUGAUGAUAAUGAUAAUAAUGACAAUAUUAGCUUGUGUGAGAAUUGUAGAUGGGACCAUGAGUUGGAGAUUUUUUAUCAAUUGCUCAAUGUUAAUUAG